GUCGGGGCGGUAAAGCUGCACUAAAUAACACCUCGCCUCGAGUUGAAGCUUCACUUUAGCAUCAACCUGGCAUGACGGGACGACGGCACUGAAAACUGUACACUUUCUCUCAGUUCCGGAGUGGCGACUCACCGUUGCUAGUUUUGGCUGAGCUACUCAAAUGAGACGUUUUCACCUCAAGCGCCGACGAAGUUCAAACGCAUCUUAAAAGAGGCUCACACACACACAUGGACGUCAGGUGGAAUAAGCUCAACGAUGCUGCCCACCUCGGUCUGCUCUCUGCCCGUCCCGAAUAGUUAUGUCAGCCAGCUGAGCACCUGCCACAACACGCCCGAAGAGGACGAUGAGACCAUGAACACAGAGGAGAGAAAAGCCAGCACCGUCCACAGAGCGGACCCCGCGUCCGACCUCCACGCCUACCGCCGGCCCUCGGACCGCACGCCGUUCCCCGACGACUCCAUGUUCAGCCGGCGGGGGUGGAACCGAGAGCAGGGCCUGUCAUUCCCCUCCUCCAGCUUCUGCUUCUCACGGCUGCCCCACAGCCUCUCUGCCGGGUACAACCAGCCCACCCCGUUCCCCAGCCAGGUCAACAUGCUCCACCCGAGCCUGGCCAGCAGCUGCACGGGCUACCCCAGCAGCCUGCCGUCCUGCCUGGGCCACAAGGAUUACUCCAGCUGCUCCCAGGACAGCUGCCUGUCCAGAGACAAGUCCGCCUCCCUCCCCAGCCACCACAGCGGCCACAUGAGCCUGGAGCAGCCGCUGUCGCUGCACUCCAACCCGCCUUCGGCCGAGCUCUACCACCACACCCUGUCUCCGUACUCGUGCCCGCAGCAGGGCCCCCCCUGCUGUGCUCAGUGUCCGGUGGACGCGUUCAGCAGGCGGCCCGUGGCCAACAACCGCGCCUGGCCUCAGUACAACCCAGCUUACAGCUCGUACUACCCAGAAGACUGCAGGACCCCUGGAGCUGGAUUCACACACAACGGCCAAAACGUCCCGGUCAAAGAGAGACACCCUGCGUACAGCACGCCGCUCUCUCUGGAGCAGAGGCGGGUCUUCGUCACGUACGAAGCCGACAACGACAAACACGUCAACGAGAUCAUCAAGUUUGUUGCUCUGCUGCGACACAACGGCUUCGACACUCAUAUUGACAUUUUUGAGCAUCAGUACAGAAGCAUAAGCAAGAUCGACUUCAUGGAGCGGUACCUCAGCGAGAAAGAGUACCUGAUCAUCAUCAUCAUCAGUCCCAAGUACUACGAGACGGUGACCACGUCUCCGUUCGACCUGGAGAACGACGAGAGGACCUUCAACACUGUUUACAUCCACAAACAGCUUCAGAAUGAGUUCAUCCAGAACGGAAGCAAGAAUUUCAGGUUCAUUCCCAUUUUGUUUCCCGGGGCUAAAAAGUGUCACGUUCCCAACUGGCUCCAGAACACUCACGUCUACGGCUGGCCGCGCGAUCGAGACGACAUCCUAAGACGCCUGAUGAGGGUGGAGAAGUACAACCCGCCCCCCAUCGGGGAACUGCCAACCAUCGUUUCCAUCCCCAUCUAGAGCGCUGAUCCGAGGACAGCGUCCUCCGUCCCCCGAGACAAGUGGGGACAUGUUCCUGCGCCUGUCCUCCUUUAAUCUGUGAUUGUAAAGACUCUCAGGUGCUUUUGUAGAUUCUUAACUUUUUUUCUUUUUUUAUUCACAAAGAGAAAAGUGUCGGUGUCGACAUGAAACGUGGAUCGGAGAGGUUUUUUAUUUGGUACAUCUUGUUCAGUUUGCUUUUGUUCUUUAAAAACAGUUUAAAAAUCUCAUUCAUACAUUUUUUUACAAGCCAAUCACAUAUGUACUACUUGGUUAAACAAAAA